GGCGUACAAACCAUGGGAGAGGAUGUUGAUCCCAUCUUUGAGUCAGAGUCGCGUCGCUCUGUGACCCCCUAAGUCGCGAAAAGAUGAUGAGUCGCCGGGCUAAGUCCGUUGUCGCCGUGUACCUGUCAGGGAUUACGGGUUUCAUCCUGGUCGCGUUUGGUCGCGUCAUGGGGUUCCUCCCCGGCGUUCUCGCCUCUCAUUUGGCGUCGCUUGCCGCCUUCCAAUACCCCAGAUCUCAGGCAAUUUGCGAUCCACCAAUUCCGAUCGUAGCCUCGCCCUUGUUGGCUGUUUUGGCGUUCUUUUGGAGUCUUGGGCGGAAAUAGACUCGGCCAGGGUAAGACGUAUCUACGUAUUCAAGCUCAACCUCCCGCGUCGCGCGAGUCUGCAACAGCAUGGGGUCCGGCGGCUACCUGUACCUUUUGUGACAGGUGAGUGGCGUGUACGUAAUCCGGCCAAGUGUCCUCUUCUGCGCCCAGGGUUGGGGCAAAUUUGUCUUUUUCACAUGCCACCGUGGUAUGCCAAAUACCAUACGGGUACGCCGUAUAGACUGACUACAGAGAGAGUCCAUACGACAUCAUGACUCCCACCGAUGGGUUUGCGGGUGGGUUUUCUG